AUGUCAAGCAAGCUAUAUAUAGACAACAUGAUAUGUGACCUUGACACUAUCAAAGCCCAAUCCCAAAUCCCCGCGUCAAUGUUUACAUCCACAACUUGGGAGACACAGACGGUUGCCGCCACGAAAGCAGCCAGACUACGCUGCAAUAGUCAAUCCAAGGUUGUCACUGGGCCUCGCAAAAGCCUUUGCCUUCCACUACUGUGCGGUCUUGGAGACAUUGCUUCCAUCUUCAUUGUAAGACAAGAAUCACCAUGGUAUACAUAUCGAGGGGUAAUUACGUAUGAGAUUGCGGGAAAAGUCACAAUUGCCACGCGCCGUACACGCCCAUCUCGCAUGGUUGCCAUUCGGAGAUAUCAGAGGCAGAAUGCUCAAAGAUUAAUCUGUAAAUUCGGGCGUCUCGAGCACUUGAAUGUCCUCUCCUUGCAUGAAUGCUACAUGCACGACGAGCCCGCGUACUUUUUGGUUGAUGAUUUGCCGUUGACUCUCGCGUUUGUUGUGGUUUCUCCGACAAUUUAUCCCAACGAAGCGGAAUUGGGAUCCAUCAUGUGUCAGAUCCUCGAUGGUGCCUGCUACCUAUCAUUAUUUGGCCUUGCGCAUCAGUCUUUAGCCUGUGACGAGAUAUUGUUUGGGAUUGACGGGUCCCUCAAAAUAGCUUGUUUAGAACUUUGUGUAGAUUGCACGUCACAGCAAUCUGAAGCUGCAUAUAUUGCCGCUCUUCCGUCAAUCGCAAUGCGGCUCAUGCAGAAAUUUGACAAAGAUGACGGCGUUGUUGGGGUAAAUGAUCUAGAGCGCUGGCCAAUUGGUUCCGCGGCGGUGGAUUUCCUGUCCGCCACUGAGACGGCAAGAUCUAUUGAUUGUCUAAGAAAUCAGCCACUUGUGGCAGCCAAGGAUCGCCCGAAGGAUGAUCUGGUUCUCCUCGCAAGAGCCGCUCUGCUCUCUUGUAGUGUAAAUUGCAUUUAUAACCAAGAAACUGACAAGUACUAG